CCUGAGACGAACUACGUACUGUGAAAGGUAAUUUUUGUUUCCGUGCCAUCACAAUCACUUUUGAGAGGACGAUUUCACCUCAGAGCUUGUUUGUACGUUCACGUUUUCUUACCAACCUCCAUUUCAUAAAGAAAAAUAGAAAAUAAUAGAAGGGAAAACAAUGAAAUUUUCGACCCUUUGUGUUUCUGCAUUGGCGAUUUUAUCCUCUGCACCUCAAAGUAAUGCCGAAGAUGCGUUUUGCACAGCAGAUUGUAGCCCUCCGUUUGUGAAUCCGAAGCUUAUGAUACAUGGGGAGAUUACCACCAAGAUUGAUGCGGACGACAAGAGUACGAUGGCCGUUGUCGACAUUCGCGGAUGCUGUACCGAAACACUUUCCGACGACAAUAAUGAAGGUGGAACAUCGACACUCGCUCGCCCAAUCAUUGGUAAGCUGGCCCAGAUGUCAAAAGAACAAACUCUCUCCGUACUGGGCGACGCCGAAAAAGCUUGGGAUGGAGGCAGCGGUGCUUGGCCACAAAUGACGCUUCGAGAAAGGAUUGAUGCCAUGGAAAGAUUGAUGCAAGACUUAGAGACAAAUCAGCGCGAAAAAAUGGUUCAAGUUCUGAUGUGGGAAAUAGGUAAAAAUCGAAAGGAUGCCGAGUCUGAAUUUGACCGAACAAUAUCUUUUGCACGAGAGGUUAUGCAAGCUCUGAAAAACGAUGACGAAUUUGGUGGCUCUUGGGAAAGUGUAGGAUCUACCAUGGCUUUUGUGAGAAGAGCUGCAAUCGGAAUCGUGCUGUAAGUAUAUCCCAUUAUUUAUACUCUAUUAGAUCCACGGACUGCAGACUUACAUCCAAACUUCUCUCUAAAUACACCAACCCAAUCUUUAUGCACCACUACCGUCGAAGAUGCCUUGGACCGAUGAACUAUCCAUUGAACGAGACUUAUGCCACCCUGAUCCCCGCUUUGUUGAUGGGGAAUGGUAAGCAAGUCGUGUCAAGUGUCAAAUGAUCACCUUAGUCUAUCGAUACUCACCAACGACUCUGUAUUUCUCCACAUUUUCUGUAGUUGUCGUCAUGAAAGUUCCAACCGUCGGUAAGAAAACCUCUGAGAUCUU